GGCCAUGGAAAACCUGCUGGCCCAGCCCUCCAGGCACUACGAGACCGACUUCGUCCUGGCCCAGCUGGGCCACUCUGUGGGCUUGGCGGCCUUCUGGAGGUUCCCUUACUUGUGCCACGAGAACGGAGGCGGUUCCUUCAUUGUAUCCUACGUGUUCCUGCUUUUCGCCAUGGGCUUCCCCCUGAUAUUCAUGGAGAUGGCUCUGGGGCAGAACCUGCAUUUCAGUGGCUGGAAGCAGAUCCACCCCCGGAUGUGGGGCUUGAACCUGGCCACCUGCCUGAUAUCCUUCAUGCUGCUCCUCUACUAUAACGCCGUCAUCGCUUGGAGCAUCUUCUACCUGGGCAACUCCUUCCUGUGCCCGCUGCCCUGGAGCCAGUGCCCAGUGGGGGCCAACGGCACCAGCGAGGUUCUCGAGUGUGUCCGGACCAGGCCGUCCAUCUAUUUCUGGUUCCGGGAGACCCUGAUGGUGACGGGGAGCAUCGAGGAAGGCGGUGGCCUGGUCUUCAGCCUCACGGUCUGCCUCUUGGUGGUUUGGGUCUCCAUCCUAUUCAUAUGGCUCCAGGGCUUACAGGCCAAAGGGAAGGUGCUCUACCUGUCCGUGCUGGGCCCCUACGUGGUCCUCAUGUACUUCCUCAUUCAAAGCUGCCUGCUGGAAGGCUCCAUCUUUGGGAUGCUCCACUUCAUCCAGAUCAAGAAGUCCCUCAUCACCUCCACGAAGGUCUGGAGGCAGGCGGGAGCCCAGAUGUUCAUCAGCACGGGGCUGGGCAUCGGCAACAUCAUCUUCCUGUACUCGUGUGCCACCAAGAACAACUGCGCCCAGGACGCGUUCAUGCUCACCUUCACCCACAUGGCCUCCUGCCUGCUCACCACCCAGGUGAUCUUCAGCAUGCUGGGCUUCCAGGCCGCCAUCUUAACUCGAAAGUGCGUGCUGAGGAACUCUUGGAAGCUGUUGGAUCUGAUUGCAAGAGGGGUACUGCCCUUAGAGGCAACACCCCCCAAAGACCUGAACAAGAAGGCAGUCCAAAGCUACGCCAUGUGGCUAGAGCAGCUUAACAGUGAUCUGAGGAAGAAGGUUUUGGAGCACGUGGCAGAGUGCAACAUGGAGGAUGAGCUCAGACGUAGCAAGCAAGGCCCUGGCCUGGUCUUCGUAGCCUUCACGGAGGCCGUGACCAGCUUCCCCGGCUCCUCGUUCUGGGCUGUCCUCUUCUUCCUGCUCCUCAUCAGCCAGGGCUUGAACGUUUCAGUGAGCCAGCUGCAGGGUACUCUGACCCUUCUGCAGGACAUCUUCCCCAGCCUGAGCAAUUUCUCUUUGACCAUCAGUGUGACCUACUGCUGCCUGGGCUUCCUAUGCAGCCUCCUCUUCACCCAGCGCUCUGGCCUCUACUUCCUAAAGUUGUUUGAUGAAAUUUUGGCUACACUGCCUCUAAUUAUCAUGAUAUUCUUCGAGACCGUUGGUGUGGCCUGGAUUUAUGGAGCCAAGAGGUUCCUGGAUGAAGUGUGGGCAAUGUUAGAGUUCAAAAUCAAGUUGAUGCAUGAGUAUGUGCUGCGUUAUUACACCUUGCUGGGGGUAAUGAUCCUGAUCAUAAUCAGUCUGCUGGACUUCAUAAUGGAACAGCCCACCUACCAAGCCUGGGACAGUAGUACUGCACUAUCCAGGAAGCAUCUUAUGGUUGCCUGAAAGAAUCAGUCAUGCCCUUGGCACUAAGUUGCCUCUGUCGUGUUGCAGUCCUUGAGGCUAUGGAAAGCGAUCUUGGAAGGAGCUACCUCAGGAGAGAGUGAAUAAACAUUUAUGAAGCACCUACUACAGCUCUGCAACUGUGCCAAGUGAUUUGCAGUGGUUUAUCUCAUUUGAAUUGAAGUACAGUCCCUGGCACAUAGUAGGUGCUCAAGCAAUACUUUGUGGUGGUUGAUUGAUUCCUAGAUCGUGGUUUCCCCACAAUGGUGGUCUUCAGACAAAGGCUCGGUCUAGUAUAGCUCCAAGGGGACUUAGUUGGCCAUUGGGAUCUUUCCAACUCUAGAAUUCUGUAAGUCUCAAUGCAGCCAAGGAGCCCACAAACAUUUUUGCCUGCCAUCUUGCAUAGUUGGCUCAUAUUGAAUUUUUAGUCAUUGACCUUCCCAGGCUUCUUUGGAGGGGAGGCUGUUGUAGACUAUGUUGUCUUCCAUGGGAUCCACAAAGCAAGUGUGCCUCCCAGAGGUCAGGGCUCAAAUAGAUCUUCAGAAUGCUACCUGGGUAAACCAGCAGAUGGAACUCCAAGCUUAAAGUUCACCGCCUCCACGGCCCUUUGGGGGCAUGACACACUGCCCCAGCCUUUCCUCUUUUGCUGAAGGCACCAGAGAUAUGGAAAUUGGAACUCAUUUGGCUCAGUUUACUUCCACUCCAUUUGAGAUCUUUAUCUCUUUCCUAACUUGGCCUGACCAGAAAGAAUUCCCCACACACAUUAUAGAUUUGGAAGCAUUUACUCAACUGAAUGGAAGUUAAUAGACCACUAAAAGUCACUAGUGCCACAGCCGGGCUUCUGGCUUGUGGCCAGGCACGCCAGCACCUAUAGGCAAAGUCUCCAGGGGAAAGGAAAAGAGCUUUCUCCCUCCCCUCCAUUGCUGGCCGACAUGCCAGAGAGAAACUCCUCUUACUCUUCCCAGAAGUGGAAUGAAUGGAAAUUGGAGAGGAGGCAGGCUGGAUCUCGGAUCAGACAGAGCUGUCUAGCCAUGCCACCCAUUAGCCACAUCCCUAUACUAUGCAUGAAAGUGAUUGUUCUUACAUAAAAUUAAUGCAUCCAGGAUUUUAUAAAAGGAAAUAAAAGGAGGAAAAAGAAAACAAUCAACAGGGUGGGAG